UCUCGUCGCAUCUCGCACCUCGCACCUCGCACCCCGCACCUUGUUCACCGCCUGUCAAGGCAGCAGCUGUCCUUUACGCGCCGCCAAUCCUCGUUCGUCUGUCGUCUACGUCGUUCCCCCAGCGGGUCUGUGUCCCAGCAGCUGUUCGCGCACGUGUAGAGAGUAGAGCGGGCGUCCUUAUCGUCAUCGUCAGCGCACGCCAGGAACGAGCAGUCUCAGCACACGAAAAUUAUCCCUCGUCCGGCCUUGUGUCCAUCCCAGUCUUACGAAGCCCCGCUGCCUCUCACAGUCGCACGAUUUCUGACAGCACGGUCGUUCGAUAGAGCCCGAGACCAAGCACGAACACACACCCAUUCUCUAGCAGUAGAAGCACACACGCAAGAUGAACCAGAAACGGCCGCACCAGCAGUCAAUGUCGGAGAUGAAGCUGCGCCGGCUGACGGAGCACAAUGCGCGCCUGCGCGAGGACCUCGACCGGCCCCGGGUGCGCGUCUCCGAGGCGAGCAGCAGCCUGAUCCGCUUCACAAAGAGCACCCGCGACUACCUCGUCCCUAGCGUCUGGGGCCACGUCGACAAGAAGGAGGACCCGUACCAGCCCCACUCGGGCGGCUGCACCUGCUUGGCCAU